AUGCUCGAAUACGCAUCGGACGCACCAGCACCUCUUCCGGGUGCAUAUCCCAGAUUGGCAUCGCACUUUUUGCUCCAGGAUGGGACACCAGAUUACCUCCGGCUGAUUCUAAACGCAAAAGUAUACGACUUGAUUCGAGAGACGCCACUAGUACGAGCCACAAACCUAAGCACGAGGCUGGGAAAUGAAAUCUGGCUCAAGCGAGAGGAUCUCCAAGAAGUUUUCAGUUUCAAAAUCCGGGGGGCCUACAACUUUAUGGCCCAUCUCCGAGAUGAGGAGCGAUGGAAAGGUGUUGUCACUUGUAGUGCGGGGAAUCAUGCCCAAGGUGUGGCACUCUCUGGGGCCCGACUCAACAUUCCGUGUACCAUCGUGAUGCCUAAAGCGACACCUUCUAUCAAAGUGAGAAAUGUGGAGCGAUUAGGUGCCAAGGUUGUUCUUCAUGGCGAGGAUUUCGACGAGGCAAAGGAAGAGUGUGCGCGGCUGGCGUCGACACAUGGGCUCAUCUUUGUGCCACCCUAUGAUGACCCACUCGUAAUUGCUGGUCAAGGAACAGUAGGACUCGAGAUUCUCAAGCAGAUCAAUAGCGCAGACACGCUCGACGGGAUUUUUGGUGCAGUCGGUGGAGGCGGGCUGGUAGCAGGGAUUGCCGAGUAUGUCAAGCGUAUCGGAGAUCCGAGGGUCAAGGUCAUUGGCGUGGAGACGCUGGAUGGCGAUGCUAUGGCGCGGAGCAUGCAAGCAGGUCAACGGGUCACUCUCAAGGACGUUGGGCCAUUCAGCGACGGAACUGCAGUCAAAAUUGUUGGUGAAGAGCCGUUUAGACUUUGCAAAAAGUGGGUGGAUGGCGUUGUCACGGUGGAUAACGACGCCAUUUGUGCGGCGAUCAAGGAUAUCUUUGAAGAUACCAGAUCAAUCACUGAACCUGCCGGCGCAUUGGCUCUGGCGGGGCUGAAGCAGUAUAUUACUGAAAAUGGUCUCAUUGGUGCUGGGAAACGGUUCGUUGCAGUCGUCAGCGGAGCGAAUAUGAAUUUUGGUCGACUACGAUUCGUGGCUGAACGAGCAGAACUGGGCGAGGGUCGCGAAGUCUUGUUCACGGUCGAUAUUCCCGAGACACCGGGAAGUUUUGUUCGACUUCAUAAUAUCAUACAUCCUCGCGCCGUGACGGAAUUUAUCUAUCGGUAUAAUCGACCCGAUAUGGCGCACGUCUUUAUCUCGUUCAUCCUCAGUUCUGCCGACCGGGAAAAGGAAGUGCGCGACAUUUUGGGAGAGCUGGCGCGGGGUGGAAUGACGGGGACGGAUAUCAGUGACGACGAGCUCGCAAAGGCCCACGGGCGUUAUAUGGUCGGGGGCUGCCAGGAUGUGCAAGACGAGCGAGUGUUCCGUUUCGAGUUUCCGGAGCGGCCUGGUGCACUUCGGCGAUUUCUACACGGGCUUCGCUCAGAUUGGAACAUUUCACUUUUCCAUUAUCGCAACCAUGGCGCAGAUGUCGGAAAAGUGCUGGCAGGUGUGCAGGUGCCCGAAGGCGAUCGAGAGGCGUUUGGGCAAUUUUUGAGUAAUCUUGGGUACCAGUAUAUUGAGGAGACGGAGAACAAGGUAUACAGGCAAUAUCUUCGAGCCAGCGCCCGGUAG